AUGGGGCGCCGCAGGAAGGGCGUCGGCGUCGAGAGAGCUCGAGGCGCCGACGGCCCGUCCUCGGCGGACUCUCCCCCCCACUCGGAGCGGCUCGAGGGGAACGACUACAUCAUCAUCACCAACUUCGACUACUGGGACCACGACUUCAAGGAGUGGUUAGACCCCACGGCGCUCCACUUCGGGCACUCGCGGCGCGUCGGCGCGGAGAGGUUGCUGAACAAGAGCAGGAACAUAAGUUUCACAGAGCUCUACGCCGUCAUGACUGACGAGGCGGUGAUGGCGAAG